GUGGGAGAGAGAACGUAGCGGAAAGUAAUAGGAGGACGGUGGCGUGACUUAAUUUCCCUAUAUUAAUGCUGAAUUAACUGGUGGUUGGAUGGAAAUGAUAACCCUUUGUUAUAUGUGAUCGUUCCCGAUUUGAUCUGAUUAGUGUUUUGGUAAUUUAGUUGUACUCUAAAUUAUUAUUUUUAUUGAGAAACACCAUUGAAAAAGUGAAUUGCAGUGAGCAGUAUUGGAUAAUUUUCGAUAGAAAAAUAAAAGUGAAGAGAAUACUGAUUUAGAUGAUGGACGGGUUGCAUUAAUGACCGGUUCUUGGCGCCUGACGCGUGCAUGGUAUUCAUCCCAGGGGCAGGAAGCGCCAUGCAGUUCCAUGACACGAUCAUGCGCGUCAUAGACCGGGUGUAAAACAGGAGCUCCAGAAUCCUGUGCAGCAAGUGAUGUGAAGGUUGUGGGUCUUCAAGCAGUGCCGGCGAGAGAACGAGGGCGAAUCGGCAGCAAAGGCAAGCAGCAUGACCACUAACACGCAGGGGUCGCGAGGGACGCCAGCGGACUUGAGUCGCAUCCUCAAGAAAGUAAAGAAUGUUCUGGAGGAUCAAAAGAGCAGGUCUCCGGACUGGAGGUCAUCGUCGGCGGACUCUGAGGCGAAGGAUGCCGACCUGUCCGUGCGGGACGCCGCAGGGCACUUGGACGAUGUUAACGAGGCAUUUGGCGCUUGCCAGACGGUGGAGUGGAAGGAGCAGGAGUACCGCUACCUCCGGUCCAAGCUGAUGGGCCACAGAAGGCGGGACGCGGCCAACGGAUCGAGUGCCAUGCUGCUUGGGAGUGCCACCCUCCCCGCCGUGCACAAGGCGCUGAUGAGGUCCUUCUCCACCCCCGACCCGCCGCAGGUCGAGCCGCGCAGUUACAAGUCAUUCCUGCGGCAGCGACGGGCAUCACUUGCCCUCGAGGCCGACCCGCCAGGCUCUUGCGGUUGCGGAGUCAGAGACACCAAGAACAGGAAGCGCAGAAGUGAAAUAAUAGCCAAAGAUGUGAAGGGAAAGAUAUCGCUCGAGCGCGAAAUAGCAUUGAUGAGAGAGAUGUCAAACCCCGAAUGUGCCAAAAUCGUCUCUUUCGUCAAGUCCAGCGCCUGGGCCUCUCGCGAGUCCAUUUUGUCCACGACUUCCCGAAGUUUCGAGUCCAGUGAGGAGGACGCCAUAAGCGUCGUGCUGAAUACCAGCGUCGUGGGGGAGUCCUCCGAGGAAGAAAGUCAAAAGCGCCAGUGUUUGCAGCGAUCAGUGUCGGAGGAGACGCUGAUCUACCAGCAGGAGGGCACCUUGGAGAAGCCGCAGGAACCGAGCGGAGAUCAAGGCUCCAACCAUGAGUGCGAGGGCAAACACGCCCUGGGCGACUCCUGCUCUUGCUGUCAAGGAAGUCCUUCGUGCCUCAAGGAUGACCCGGGAGGGAGCAGCACACAACGGUCCACGUCGUCCAUGAAAAGCAUAUUCGACUCCAUCCCUCAUAUCGACUCCUCCUCCGAGGACGAGGGCGAGGACUUCAGGACAAAAACGGUCGGCACGGUUCCUAGUCCCGCGUCGACGCCCGAAAAGCAUACCAAAGAUUUCCCACCGGAAUGCCCUCCUCUGUGCUUGCCCGAGGAGGACUUCGAUACCAACAGCGCGGACGACUGCCAGGCUGAGCCCGAGUGUCAUGACGCCGACCAGCUACUGUCAUCCCAGAAUAAAGCCGACGGCGAUGACGGAGAGCGCCUCCGGCCGGCGCCGAUGCCCGGCCCGCGACGCAGUCCCCGGCCGCCCACGCGGACCUCCUCCUUGCCACGCAGCGCCGCCGACAUCGAUCUCGCGCCCGCUAUCUGCACAGGCGGCGUUUCCCUCGAUGACACGCCCAUAAUAGAAGUAUUUGAUUGUGCCCACCCGCAAGUAGGGGCGGCGAUGUCGUGGUGUUGCUCGGCCGCCCAGUGCACGGGGCGAGUCUGGAUGGCGCCGACGCCUUUCUGGAGGUGCUCAACACUCGUCUGGGUAGCUCCGAGUGCGAACUCCGAGUGUGGGCAGUGACUCAGUCCUCGACCGAGGAUGGCCUAGUCCGGACUGUCACGCAGCGCAUUGGUGUUCGGUGUGACGUCGUCAGUUUACAUGAACUACACCAAAGAAUAUCGCUUGAUCAGCUGAGUUCACAAUUUGGCGGAACGUUGGAGGUAGACCACCAGGCCUGGCAAACCUUCUGUAAACUUCGCGAAGGCCUUUUAGACUCCAUGAGGUGUUGUGUGUCGACUCUCCAAAGCCGCGUCCAGCCCACCCCGGUCUCUCCGUCUCCAAACUCCUCUUCAGAGAAGCCAGACUCUCUCGCUACGUCUCCCAAAGUCGGUCCGGGCGACCACUCUCUCCCCACCGUUACCCCAGCUCUCCGGGCGGAUGUGAGGAUGCUCCGGGAUGCUGUGGAUUGUGCCAAGAUCACGCUGAAGGAAAUGGAGCCAUGGUGCCAAAAGCUUGAGGGAAAUAAACUUGUUAGAGCAUGGUUUGCGGAGUGCUCGGACCUUAUUGGCACCAUGGCGUCUGUGGUGGCCAUGGCGGAUUCACACGCAGCGCCACCGUCUCCCCGUCUGGAACAGUUUCAAAUAGAAGCCACUGCGGUGGUGACAUGGCUGCUGGGUCGGGGCGAAGAGACCCUUGCUCGACACCAGACCCUCGCAGACACUCUCACGGGCAUCACCAGGCAGGAAACGGAAUUCCAGAAGUUCUACUCAGUUGCAAUG